CUCAGGAGAGAGAGAUCGUUGAGACAGAAUUAUGAAAGUGGAAUGAAAGAGAAAGACAUGUGAAUUAAGGUGAGGCUGACACCAUUGCCGACCGAGAAGCCACCCUUGCUUCGGCCGCGCCGCCUACCUGCCCACUGCUUACUGGUCCAUUCCCUAUCAUAUUGUCUCUCUUCUUAAAUUCCUUGUCCCUCAAUCUCUCUUUUAUUAGGGGCAACCCGAUGAUAUUCUUGGGCUGUCACCCAAAAACACUCAUUUAAGAUCACUGAACCGAGGCUUCGGGUGCCAGGGUGUGACUCUGUGUCCUUUUUUCUUUUUUGUCAAUAAAAUCUGUUGUGUGUUGGCUUUAUCCCUUAUUUCUUUCAAUUCUAAUGACCCUGAUGAUGAUCAACCAGUGUUUUGUCCUGAUUCUUUUCUUUGUUUUAUGUUACUUACAGGACAUGGGUGUUCGACUCAACCUAAACUAACCUUUUUCCUCUUUUAAUCGACGACUGUACUUUCACUGAACCAACAAACCUCCCCGUUUCUCUUUCUCUUUCUCCUCCCUUAAAACAUCUCUCACUCAGCUCUAGAUUGAGUGAGACCUUGCCUUAGUGGACUUUGUCCACGCCCGACACUCGUACAGAUUCCCUUGUAUUUCACCCUCUCUCGUAAAAGCAGGUCAGCCUCUCCUCAGCUUUCUACACAUAUUCAAAAGUGUAUGUGUAUAUAAAAAAAUUAAAUGCACAUAAUUAUUAGUUUAUGUGAUUUCUCGCUUCUUUUUGGAGAUGGAAAAUCUGGCCAGAUUUUUCGUGGUGUUUUAAGGGGAUAUUUUUAAUAAAUUUAGAUUCUUGGUUAUCGUUUGGUUUUUUCUGGGAAAAAAAAGGUGGAAAAAAGUAAUUGAGACUUGGGAAGAUCAUGGUUUUGUCGAAGUGGGUUGGUAGGUAGGAGAUAUAGGCAUGUAGACAAGGUAACGAUCACCGUGGUUUUGUUGUACAGUGGAGAUUCUCAAGAGCCAGAGACAGACACGUAGAGAUAUCAUACAGCUCUAUAUCUGAAACGCCUCUCUAUCUCUCUCUCUCUCGCCUUAUCACAAAGCCUGCAUGCACCAACACCCAAGUAAACCCAAAAUCUUGAUUCCGUAUUAGAUUAACGAUAAAAGGGAUUUGAUAAAUCAGCAUCAGAAACAAGAGUAUAUAGAUACAGUUAUGCAGCAAGAUAGAGGAGGAAGAGGGAGUGAGCAAGGCAUGAAGCAGAGCCAGCAGCAAGAUCAAAGGUUGAAGCCGUUGACGGGCGAGAAUCAACAGCAGCAUCCUCCUCAAAAGUGUCCUCGUUGUGAGUCUCUUAAUACAAAGUUUUGUUACUACAACAAUUACAGUCUCUCGCAGCCUCGUUAUUUCUGCAAGACUUGUAGAAGGUAUUGGACUCAAGGUGGAACCCUAAGGAACGUGCCCGUGGGCGGUGGUUGCAGGAAAGGGAAGCGCACAAAGGUUUCAUCUUCCGGUGAAAAUUCAAGGUCUCAGCCGUUGAUACCUCAGCAGCAAGCAGCCCAGCAACACAGCUUGACAUCACCGCAAAGUAUGAUCUCUUCUAAUCCUAUGAUCAGCGUGAGUGCUGCUUUCAGAACAAAGGAAUCUGGUAGUUUGGCUUCAUCAUCUGCUAUUCCUUCUGUGGGAUCGUAUUAUCCUGCUGGGUUCAUGUCUUCUUUGGCAGCAGUUCAGUCAAUGAACCAACCGCAACCUUUUAAUCAACCCCUCAAUCAGGCUCUAAGUAUGGGAGGUGACUUGGGUGGUUCUUCAAAUUUGGGUCUUUUGCAGGGAUAUGGUGUCCCUUCUUUUGGGUCGCAACAGCAUCAGCCAAGUCAGCAGACCCAAUUCUUUCCAAUGGUUGAUAGAGAUCAAAAGACUGUAAACAUGUACCCAUCUGAUCAUGAAAGGUUGAUUCAGUCUAGCAGGCUUGCUGCAGGUAAUUCUUCUCAGCAGAAUUGGCAUCAAAGUUUCAUCAACAACAGUGACCCUACAGCCUCUGAGGCGGCUUUGUGGAGUAUGAACAACAACAGCAGCAGCAGCACAAGCAGCGCUGGCAACACUAACACCAGCAACACUACGGCUGCUUCUUUGAAUCCAAAUCAAUGGCCUGAUCUUCCAGGUUAUGGUGCUCCUCCAUAGGAUUCUUUUGCCAGCCAUUGUUGUAAGCGUCCAAAGCUGCUGCUGUUGGGUUGGUUUUAAUCUGGUUCAACUGGAGCGAAUCUUGUAAUGCGGGUAUUGCUUCCUGUAAAUGAAAGAACAGUACGGCAAAUAGCCAUUUGUUUUUGUCUUUUUCUUCCUAAUGUUAUACAGAUUCUGGGUUGUGUUUUUACUUGAAGCUUUUAGUAUUCUUGGGGAAGGGAACAACCUUUGAGUUGGGUUUUGUUGAUGUUUUUUUCUUUUUAUCCUUUUUUUUAUAUUAUAAUAAGGGGAACUAUAUAGUUUUCAAUUUCA